CCACGAGUUUGACACCUGUGGAUUAGAUCAUUGUAACAUACUCUAUGUGGUUCUACCCUCAAAGUCAAUCAGUUAUACCGAAUUCCACAGCUUGGUUAAUAAGAGGAGCUAGAUGGGGCAUGUGCAUUACUCACAUUCUGCAGUCAUUCUAUUAGCUGCUCACCACGUACUGGAUUCAAAUUAUGAAAAAAAAUUACAGUGAGAGUAGUUCAGCAGUUGAAUCAGCUGCCUAGGGCAGUCAUGAGCCUUACCUCACUUGUCAGGGGUGCUUUAGGCUAAUCCUGCAUUGAGCCUAGUGUUGGACUAGAUGGCGUGUACAGCCCUUUCCAACUCUGACUAUAUUGACUAUCACAUCCAAAGCUAUGCGUGGCUUUGGAGCCUCCUAUACCCUUUUCAGCAAAAAGAACUAAGUAGAAUUAUAACUUCAUCCACCAUGUUCUGGACCAUCUAAGGUUUAGAAUACUCCGCCUGUGAACUGCAUGACAAUAUUUAUUUACUAAAUUUAUAGGUCCACUUUUCACAGUGAGGCAGCAGGCCAAACUAGGCACUGUUGCCAGUUAUAAAACUCAGUGAGGUAGCAUGGCAGGACCAGGCACUCCUGGGACUCUUCCCCCUCAUUCCAUCUUUCCAAGUGUUGAAAUUUUUUUCAAGGAGAAACAGCCCUUUGGCACAUUUGAAAAAGGGCUGGGAGGGUUGAUGGGAUUAGUGCCUGGUCUGGCAGUCAGCAUCAGACUCCCUUGGCAUUUUCAAAUCACCAACAUUAGGAGUUAGAAUGUAAGCAGCAUCUCUGUGUCAGACAUGGUGAUGCCCCCACAUCCACCUUGGCCCUCAAAGCACAUUGUUCUGUUUAAAUCAGUUAUAGUUCAUACAAAGAAACAAACAGGCAAUUAUCUGAUAAAGCAGGCGCCAUCAUCCCAGCAUGCGACAAAAUAAUCCACACACACAUACACACACAAAAACCCUGACUCCAGCAAAUAUUGAGAAAUGUCCUAUCUGUAGGACUUUUCCACAAAGUAACAUAGAAGACAUUCAUUUCUUAAUUCUUUUCAAAGUUUAAAAACAUAGUUAAUGGUUAAUUUGAAAGAGCUGUAUAAAGCAGCAGGGGCAGCUUGUAUUCUUAGAGGCUGAGGAAGAGCCUCUGAGGUAAAGGGGGGGGGGGGGGGGCCUUUCAGAAUGCCAGCCAGUACAAGUGCUGUAAAAACACAAAUGAGAGAAGAUCAGCCAAUGAUGGUAAAACAUGGCAAAAGCCACAACAGUACAGAACCUCCUGACGGAGGGUGGGGAUGGAUGAUCGUGCUUCACUUUUUUCUGGUAAAUGUGUCUGUAAUGGGAACAAUGAAGAACUUUGCACUUUUCUUUGUGGUCUUUCAAGAAAAUGUUGGUGGCUCUUCUGGACACAUUGGGUGGAUUGGCUCUAUUAUGAGUUCUCUUCGAUUCCUAGCAGCUCCACUAGUAACGACAGUGUGUGACAUGCUAGGUGAUCGGAAUACAUCAUUGAUUGGGGCAUGCCUGUUUGGUGUUGGCUGUCUUAUUAGUACAGUGGCCACUAGCCUCUCCUUCCUUUGUGUGUCUAUGGGAUUUCUUUCAGGGCUAGGUUUUGCUUGCUUGUAUCAAGUGGGAGCUGUAAUGGUUGUUAAGUACUUUAAGAAGCGGCUGGCUCUAGCCAAUGCAAUCAGUCGCUCAGGAAUGGGACUGUGCGUUUUACUGGCACCUUUUGUUCAGCUCCUGAUAGAAAAUUACGGGUGGCAAGGUUCUCUACUAAUAUACGGUGGCAUGAUGCUGAACCUUGUACCUUCCAGCAUGCUACUAUGGCCAGCUAAUGUGAAUAGAACCAAAGAUGUAGGUAUCAGAAAUGAUGAUAUCCAAAUAUCUACAAGCUGCAAGUUUCCAGAAACUUUUGAGCACUGUCAAAACAAAAUCAGCACCUCAGAAUUAGUCAGCAUGGAUCCUGCGGGUAAUCGUAAUGAAAGUGUGUUGUCACUCAGCAAAUUUGCGAACCGGCUUGAAGAAUUCGUGUUCCCAGAAAUAAACCCACAGAAAGACAGCUUUAUGGGCAACAAUGAAAAAUACCAAGCCACUAGUCAAAGCCACUUUCCACCCCCAGAAGAAAAACAUCCCGGGCCUUCUCCCUGCAAGACAUGCCAUCUUGAUUUUUCCCAGCUGAAAAAUCCUUUCUUCUACAUUUUCACUUGGUCUUUUCUCUUCAGUCAGCUAGCCUACUUCGUUCCCACCUUUCAUCUUGCAGCCAGAGCCAAAACACUGGGCAUAGACCCAAUGGAUGCUGCUUACAUCAUUUCAGUGGCUGGAAUAACAGAGACGGUCUGCCUACUGCUUUCCGGCUGGAUUGCAGAUCAGAACUGGACUAAGAAGUAUCAUUACCACAAGGCAUACCUCAUUCUUUGUGGUGUCACUAACCUGCUGGGUCCUCUAGCCACAACCUUCCCAGUGCUAAUGACCUACGCUGUGGUCUUUGCCAUUUUCAGUGGUGGUUACUUGGCCCUGUUGCUUCCUGUAUUGGUGGAUCUUGUAGGUGCCCCAAGCUUCCAUAGUGCUUUGGGACUCUCUUCAUUCAUUGCUGGUUUUGGGGUCAUCGCUGGUCCUCCCAUUGCAGGUUGGCUGUAUGAUUACACUCAGACGUACGCCUGCUCCUUCAUUCUUGCUGGAAUCUGUUUCCUUGUUUCUCCAAUUUCACUCUUCUUUGAGCCUCUAGCCCAAAAAUGGAGGCAACAGAAGGAACCUGAACUGGAUACUUAAGCAGGCAAAGUUCUUCACCAAUGGGAAAAAGUUAAUUUUUGUUGAGAUUAUAGUUAAUUUUAUUGACUUGUUCAUUAUGGAAAAAAAGAAAUAAAUCAAAGAAUUUUUACCUAACCAGACACCUUUCUGAAACUGUUGUCUUGGCACCUCAGCAUAAAAAUAAUCUAUGCUUCAAAGUGAAACAAUUCUGUUCCUAAACAGAUACCUGGAACUCAAGGCUGAGGACUCCAACCCACCCCCAGCUACCUUGUCUGUCAGCAGCCUCAAUAUGCUAUUUCAGUACUUUCAAAGGACAACCAGUUUACUCUGACACAUAAACCAUAUACCCCCUUAAAUCCUGAGAUAUGCUUGAUUUUGUU